AUGCUAGCUAUGAAUCAGCCACCAUCAUUGCAUCAACCAGAAAUGGAUAUUGAUAUUGAUAUUGAUAGUUUGUCUCGCCAUGUAGGGUCACCAAUCCAGCAGAGUUCUAAUUACAAUAAUGUGAAUUUGGGCUCAUCUCAGUUUCAAAAUGUCGAUACUCCAACAACCGUGACUUCUGUUACCAAUACUGGUGAGUCAAAUUCAAAUUCAAAUUUGAAUAAUAGUUUUGCAACUGUUAUGAAUUCGCCAUCUCCACAUAAACCAACAGAGUCAGUGACAUCUGUUGCGUCGUCCAGAAAUAACGCUGCUGAUGCAGUACUACCGUCAAUAUCACCUACUAGUAAUAAGAAUAGCAACAACAACAACAACAACAACAACAAUACUUCUACUAGUAACCAACUCUCCCUGAAAGUACUUGACAAAAGCUCACACGGUUCGAACAAUCCUCGACAAGAGUCCCAGGAAAUAAAAGCUCAAGAGUUUUUCACUUUGGAUCAGAAUGUUUCUAAUGAAACAACUACAGAGGAUGCACGAUCCCCACCGAUAGCACAAACGCAUGAUUCUGUUACUGGAGUUGAUGAUGAUGAUGAUGACUCAAAACCCGAUCUGGAAAACCCCGACUCCACAACACCUGAGUUCGAUACCGAAAACUUAUUACUAGAGCAUCAAAUUGAUGUAUUAACUCACGCACAGCCAUUAGAUAUCGAAGAGUACAUCACCCAUUUAAAUAAGCUCGGAACCAUUAUCUACGAGAAUAAGUUUGAUCCAAAGCAUGCCAUAAGUCUAUUUUCUAAGCUCAACGAACUUAUGGACAGUUUGGAGCAGUACGUGGACUCGACAAAUCCAUUAACCUCCCAAUUAUACUUGCUUAUUGAACAAAACUUUGAUCUUUUCAUCAAGUUGGCUACAAAUUAUAAAGUAAUUGAAAUAUCAACAGCAUGCAUACGAUUCUUAACUACUGUUGUUAUGAACUUGAAUUAUUGGGAGAUCUAUAAUUUAUUGAAUUGGAAACCAGUCUUGUAUCACUUUUUGACCCUAAUAAAUUUCGAUUUAAACGAUUGUUAUCGAAAAUUUAUUAAUGACUAUCAAACUUUUUCCUAUGACAAAGUGAAACGACCAAUUGCAGCUCCAAGAACUAGAGGCAGAGUGAAAAGUAGAAGGCUGAGACAACUAAUGAAUGAUGAAGAUAUGACAGCCGAGGAGAGAGAAAGAACGGAGCGGUUUUUUUCAUUGAACCCUGAUACCGCAGACCAUGAUAAGUAUGUUGCGGAUAUUCUAUCUGGAGUUAACAAGCAAAAACGCAAAUUCAGACCCGAUGUCAAACUCGAACAUCAUAAAAUAAUUAAAAAGCCGCAACCUCCAACAGACCGACAAUCUACAAAGUCAUCGAAUUAUGAUCCCGAUGUAGUUCACGAAUGUCAAUUGCCGUCAGCUGAAGUACCACAUAAAUUAUGCUUACGUAGAUUUUCCAGAAAGUACGAGCUAAUAAGACAUCAAGAAACCGUGCAUUCAAAAAAGAAGAAAUUGUUCAAAUGCUAUGUAUGUGUUAAACAAAAUCCUGGUGUUGGACCGAGGAUUUUUACUCGUCAUGAUACUUUGGCUAAGCACAUCCGAGUAAAUCAUGAAAUAUUUGGCAAAGAAGCAAAGGCCGAAGUUGCAUACUCUAAAAAACAUGCCGAAGUGGUUGAAGAAGGUGACAUUACAGUCCAUGUAGGAAGAAGAAAAACCAAAGUUGACUUUGAAUUGAGAGCUCAUAUGGAUAAGAGAACUUUAGACGACGGAAUGGCCUAUCUCGAAACCAGCGAUUUAGAGUCUGGUGAUGAAGAAGUUGUGUUCAACAAUCGUUGA